AUGACCGGGACCAACAAACUGAUGACACCCUUAAUGGGUCCCCCUAGUGGACAAACGGAGGCUCUGCGCUGCAAUGUCUGCAAACGCAAGUUUCUACUCUUUGGAUGCGUUCAGGGAUCAGGUGAAACGACGUGUGGAUGGAGGGAGAGAUGUGUGAACAUUAAAGCUUCUCUUGGUAUGUAUGGAUUUCAAGGACAACUGACAUCAAACUGUGUACUUAUAGUGGGGUUAUCCCAGUACAUUUACCGGCGAGAAGACUGGGAGCCGGUGGCACAGAGCGGGCUGGGGCUGGGUCGCUCCACGUAUCGCUGCCAGCUCUAUCAGAAAUCUUCAGAAAGUGAGAAAGUGGAUGUAUGUUUUUCUAACCAUGCCCCUUUUCUAUCUCUCUCCUCAGGGAAAUUACCUCUCUACUACCGGCUGAACUGCACCUCAGUGCAAAAUUGCGGCAAGGUGAGGGCACCCGACGAAUCUCACCUUACUUAUGACUACACCUGCUGCAACACUGAUUUCUGCAAUUGAGCUGGAGGGGAGGAAGGUUGAGAGGGGUGGGGGUCAGUGUCAGUGAAUCAGUUCAGCUCUUACAUUUGCUGUCUCUCUUCUUCUGCAGUGCAGGGAAGGGGAACAGAUCAUGAGCCUCUUUUUCUGUUUCUUUUAAAAUCCAGAUUUUUUUUUUUUUUUUAAGAUUCAGAGAUAUUUCCAUUCUUCCUGUUGUCUUUAAAGCAGGGAUCAUGUCUCAGAGUGAUGAAGCUUGGGGUAAAAUGCUCCAAAGUGUCACUGUCAGAUGUCUAAUGUGGAGUAUUGGAAACUGUGUUCAAAAUGACAUGCUGUCACUUUGUGUUAGGGGGUUGCCUGGCCCUGCAGCCAGGCUAGGGGGCUCUGAGGGAAACAUGUGAUCUGGGUGUGGUGAGAUGCGCCUCUUUGGUUGUAGCCUGCUUUGUCUCUCUCUGUUUCAGAGUUCUUUUGUGUCUUAUCAUUCAGAAUUCUAAGAAAUCAAUUUGUGUUACGUUGCAACCUUCCAGCAAGAGUAUUUAUGUUCUGAUCCAACUUCUCCAUGUGUAUGCCAUGAAUAUAACACCUAAGUCCCACUAACUUUCCAUUUUACUCAUAAUCAUUUUUCUUAGUUCCAAAGUCAUAGGGCCUUUAGGAAUCCAUGAUCCACUGAAGUCAAUGGGACUGAACUCGUGUAACUGACAGUAGAACCUGGCCAUGUGUCUAUAUUUCUUCUCCAGCUGGUCCUAUUUAUCGAGGUCUAAACUUGGCGGGUCUGAUGCUGUAAUGGCUGCUUAGCACACUGAUCAGAGUCAUCUCGCUGUUGCCUUGUACUCCCCCCAUCUAUUGGUUGUAUCCACUUGUGGUGUCUCCUUCCUAAACUUAGAUGGUAAGUGCUUCAGGGCAGGGCCUGUUAUGUGCGUGUACAACAUCUAGCACAAUGGGACCUGGGCCUCUGACUGGGGCCUCUGGGCACUAGCACAGUAAAAAUAAACAAUAAUAACAACAUGAUCUCUGUAUUAUGACAGGAGGCUAACAGAUUUUUGGAGCUGGAGAGCUUAAAUCAACAAGAAUAUUCCGCUUAAUUUACUGUCUAUUUAGAUUGUGUGCUCAUGAUUUAGGACUAUCUGUUGCUUUGCUUCUGUGUAGUGUGCUGCAAAAUAGGGUCUGGAUCUCAGGUGCUACUGCAAUAUACAUAAUAAUAAUAAUAAUAAUGAUCAUCUUUCAAGGAAGAAAUACACACACCAGC